CUACCGGCAGCCGUCGGUCGGUGUGCAUGUUGUGCAAAGGUUAGGCACAUAAGUGCAAAUUUGUGUUGAUUUUCGUACUAAUAACUUUUAGAAUACUGAUUGAUUUCAUUGAUUGUCAAAAUGAGAUAUCGAACAGGAUACUCAGUUUUGAAACUUAUUGGAGAAUAUUCCAAGAAAUAUGGAAAUUUGCCGGAUCGAUACAUUAAACGUGCUAUGGAGCAGGUUUAUUGGGAAGCUCCUAAUGAUAAACGUUAUCUACCUACAAAAAUACAGAGAAAAGAAUGGAUUUUUACAACAAACCGACCAUGGACCAAUGAAUUUUAUUUCGAAAAUGCACCGGGAAAAAAAGUUAAAAAAGUUUGGGUUGAACCAAUUUUACACUGGAGUUUUUUCAGAGGAGAUAGAGUUGAAAUAUUGGUUGGACGUGAUAAAGGAAAACAUGGUUUCGUUUCACAAAUUUUCCAAGAAAGAAAUUGGGUCACUGUAACUGGUCUCAAUACCAAACUUAUUAUUCAUGGUAAAACUAAAAAUUUUCCAGGCAUAGUUAUGUUAGAAGAACAACCACUUCUGGUAACUACAGAAGUAGCUCUAGUAGAUCCUAGUGAUUUACAACCAACCGCUGUUGUAUGGAGAUAUAAUGAUGAGGGAGAACAAGUUCGUGUUUCCAAGAGAACUGGAAGAAUAAUUCCAAUUCCAAUAAGUCAUGAAGAAACGAUUGAUUAUAAAUCUCCUGAAGUUUAUAGAGAAACGCCAAAGGAUACACCGAAAAAAGUUGUUGAAGAAAUCACGUUCAAGCCGGCAUUGAAAACGUUCGAAAUGGAUAUUAUGGAUAAAAUGGGAAUCAAGGAAGAUCGAAUUCCCGCCAAAACUUAUUGGUAUUAGAACCGUUCUACAAUAACAUGGGUAGAUUUGUCUACUAAAAAUUAUUUCUAAGUUUAUUAAGGUAAUGAUUGUGAAACAUUUAUGUAUUAGUUAGAAUUUAGAAUUAAAAUUUGUAAAUAGGAACAAGUUGAAGAAGUAAAAAUGACUUUUA